AAGAACAAAUGUUAUGUGAAUGUGAUGCCGAUAAAAGAAGAACAGCCCAAGGAAUAUGGCGUAAUAAUCUUACAAUUUUACGACAAAGUGAACCAGAACAAAGCCACCACGUGUCGCUUCCGAGAAUAAAGCUGGGAACUGCCCAGGGAUUCUUCUUCCAACCACUAUCGACCUGGGUCUUUUGCUUUUGGGUGUGUUAAAUUUCUUCUCUUUUUCACUCUGAUUUCUUCCUUGCUUUCAUCUCUGCCUUCCCCGGCAAUUUUCGAAAUUCUUUGUGUUUUUCUGUUUUUCGUUUUCUGGUUCUGUUACUUUUCCUGGGUGCAUACUUUUGACCUUUCGAUGUCGCUGUUGGAUGCCCCCUUCUGUGGAAUGCACAAAGCGUUAUGUAGAUGGAGUUGUUUCUGUAUAGCAAAAAAUAUGUCGGUGCACUUGGUGUUGAUGUUUGGUUGAAAAGGGAACGCUUCUGAAUUUCACGAUCUCAGAUCACGGUGGAAUUUGACUCUCCGUUGUAAUUUCCUUGGCUGUCGCUGAAUUGGGUGUUUCCAGUUUGAUUUGGGGAGAGAGAGAGAGAGAGAGAGAGAGAGAGAGCAUUUGAUCUAAGAUGAACUUCAAGAACUAUGCAAAUGAGCUGCCGGCGGAGGGAGGUGGAGGCGGCGGAAGGAUGUCGGGGAAUAUUCCGUUGGCGAGGCAAUCAUCGAUUUAUUCUUUGACGUUUGACGAGCUCCAGAGCACCAUGGGUGGGAUUGGCAAGGACUUCGGGUCGAUGAACAUGGAUGAGCUGUUGAAGAACAUUUGGAGCGCUGAGGAGACUCAGACCGUGGGAUCUUCAGCCGGUGGUGGUGCUCAACAAGGGGAUAAUGGCUAUUUGCAGAGGCAGGGCUCGUUAACCUUGCCCAGGACGCUGAGCCAGAAGACAGUUGAUGAGGUUUGGAGAGACAUGGCCAAAGAGUACGGUGCCGGUGCUGGUGGAAAGGAAUCGACUUUGAAUUUGCCGCAGCGACAGCAGACUUUGGGAGAGAUGACACUCGAAGAGUUCUUGGUCAGAGCUGGGGUUGUCAGGGAAGAUAUUCAAUUGCCUGGGAAAUCCAAUAAUUCUGGAUUUUUCGGUGAUCUUUCAAGGCCCAGCAACAAUUCAGGCUUAGGUUUUGGGUUUCAACAGAUGGCCCAAAGCACAGCAGCAAUAGGAAGUAGGAUGCCCGAGACCAGUAAUCAAGCUGCUAAUUUACCACUGAAUGUAAAUGGGGCUAGAUCAGUGCAGCAGCAACAGCAGCAAAUUUUUCCCAAGCUGUCAACUCUGGCAAACGCCAAUCCCAUGCCUAUAUCGAGUAGUACUCAGCUGGGUAGCCCCGGAAUCAGGGGUGGGAUUGUUGUGAUUGCAGAUUCAUCGAUGAAUAGCAACUUGGUCCAGAAUGCUGGGUUACCAGCUGCAGGGAUGGGGAUGAUUGGAUUGGGAACUGGUGCUGUUACUGUACCAACUGGUUCCCCAGCCGUUUCUUCCGAUGGGUUUGGGAAGAGUAAUGGAGAUACUUCUUCUGUUUCACCAGUUCCUUAUGUGUUUAAUGGAGGUUUACGGGGAAGAAGAUCCAGUAAUGCUGUGGAGAAGGUUAUUGAGAGGAGACAGAGAAGAAUGAUAAAGAACAGAGAGUCAGCUGCUAGGUCACGGGCUCGUAAACAGGCCUAUACAAUGGAGUUGGAAGCAGAAGUUGCAAAACUGAAAGAGCAAAAUCAAGAACUUCAAAAGAAGCAGGCAGAAAUGAUGGAGAUGCAGAAAAAUCAGGUCGUGGAGAUGAUGAACAUGCAGCAGGGGGUGAAGAGGCCAUGCCUUAGGCGAACACAGACUGGGCCAUGGUGAAGGGUCUACGAGUGAUGCAUUCAUAGUUGAAAGAAGAAAUGGAUGAUUUGCGGAUGGUAGGUGGCUGACUGUACAUAUUUGAGAGGAGCAUGCUUUGUGUUGUGCAUAUCAAAAAGGAUCCGCUGUUGUGUGUAUUUGUAGCUGCUUAAUUCUCACUAGCUCUGUUUAGCUUCUUCUUUUUUCUAUGGAUUUCAUUCGUUUUAUAUGUAUAUAGCUAGAUUCAAUCAGUGAAUUGAUUUUGUUUACUGCCUUUUGACCUCUAAUAUUAGCAGUAGUGAUGUGAUGGUAAUAA